AUGCGUUGCAUUUGCCUAGUUGCGCUGGUCGGCCUACCGGGAGCGGGCAAGACCUCUCUGUGCACCUGGCUGCUGGCCCAGCGGGCUGCCCUCCGCGUCUGCCACAUCGUUCACCUGUGCUUCGACGACUUCCUCGAUGUCCGGUCCUUGGGGCAGCCGAACUACAGGGAGCAGCGUGAGCACAUCUUUAAUAUUAUAGAAAAACUAAUUUCGGCCAUUCAAGAAGACACCGAUUGGCCGCCGCAAAUCCAACGCACCAGCUCCAGCGACGAUCGCAGUAGCAGCAGGAGCCAUCUCAUCCUGUGCGACGAUAACUUUUACUACCGCAGUAUGCGCCACAAGCUUCAGCAGCUGUGCCGCAAUGUGGGCUGCGUCUACGGGCAGAUACACAUGGCCACCUCGCUGGACUCCUGCCUGCGGGCAAACUCGACAAGGAGCGAUGCUAGCCGCGUGCCGGAGGAUGUGGUGCGCCAGAUGAACGAGCGGCUGGAGACACCGGGCGCGGAAGCCUGGGAGCGUAAUAGCUUUACCCUUAAAGACCAGGAUGCGGAAUUACCUGCUGUACUAGCUUUCAUAAGUUCCCUGCUUGACAUGCCCGCAACGAAGACACCAUCGCCAGCAAAUACACACCCGCAGGAUCAAUCCCAGGUCCACAGCCUGGAUUUGUUGCUGCGGACACGCAUCGGUGCAUUAAUCCAAGGACUAACUGAUGAGCAGCAGAAACGUUUAGCAGGCAGGACAUUAAACAACAGGCGAAAGGAUAUAUUGACAAAAUUUCGGACUGAGAACGGCGGCAAGGCCUUGGAUUACUAUGUAAAUUUGUUAAACUAGGCUAAGAUAAGCUAAAUUCGUUUGUAGUCCACACUUUUGCAUUGCGACCGUUAAUACACAGAUAUAUGUUACUGAAUUAAAACUAGAUUUAUUAGCAAAAAAA